GGCGUGGAUACGCCAUAUCACCCAAAGAGCGAUGACGGUCGGUGGUGUCGAGGAACGUAAUCAGGAUGCCACGAUAUAUGUGGGUGGACUGGAUGAAAAAACUACCGAGUCCAUACUUUGGGAGUUGUUUCUUCAGGCGGGCCCCGUAGUGAACGUCCAUAUGCCAAAAGAUCGAAUUACCAUGCAACACCAAGGAUAUGGAUUCGUCGAAUUCAUGACCGAGGAGGAUGCGGACUAUGCGAUGCGUAUCAUGAAUAUGAUCAAACUCUUUGGUAAACCGAUACGUGUGAACAAGGCGUCAGCCAAUCAAAAAAAUUUGGACAUUGGAGCCAACAUUUUCAUUGGAAACCUCGACCCAGAGGUUGACGAAAAACUACUUUAUGAUACGUUCAGCGCUUUCGGUGUUAUUCUACAGACCCCAAAAAUUAUGCGUGACCCCGAGACUGGAAAUUCCAAGGGAUAUGCAUUCAUCAACUUUGCUAGCUUCGAGGCCAGUGAUGCGGCUAUCGAAGCGAUGAAUGGCCAAUAUUUGUGUAACCGGGCUAUCACUAUAUCUUACGCUUUCAAAAAGGACAGUAAAGGCGAGCGGCAUGGAUCCGCAGCUGAACGUCUCCUAGCUGCACAGAGUCCCCUUUCUCAGGCCGAACGUCCGCACCAACUGUUUGCCGAUGCGCCUCCACCACCGCCACCGCCUCCACCUCCACCCCAGACUUUCCUACCAUCCAGUAUAACGCAUUCGAUUGCUCCUGUUGUGACAAUGCCGUUGCCAUCACUUACGAUGACAUCCUUGGUCCUACCACCUCCCCCGCCGCCGCCUCUCCAGGCUACUCUUGUUGGGUUUACUCCGUCCAUUGCUUCUGGAGCGAUGCCUCCACCUCCCCCUCCCCCUCCACCCACGAUUUCGGUACCCAUGGCGUCCGUAGCUUCAGUUGGAACGACUCCUGCGCCACCCGCUUCUAUCCCGGCACCCCCACCUCCCCCUCCUCCGCCACUGUUCCAAGGAUUUCCAUCUGGCCUAGGAGUUUUGCCUGGACAGCCGGCAGUCUCCUUACCUACCGGGGCUCCAUUACCGCCUCCUCCUCCUCCGUUUUCAUCUGGUGUGCUUCCUCCGCCACCCGUUUGAUACGAACUUGUAUACCACCUGUUGUUUGUCGGAAACUGUCAAUAAUCCAUCAUACAUGCCUCUCUGUUUCACCGAUGUUUCUCAUUCGGUACGAAAUUGUUUACGGAUUGCUGUGUUGGAAAUUGCCUAUUAUGCAUUGAACAUGCACCAUGCGUUUGAGUGAUGUCUUUUCUAGUGUUUUCUACGAUCAUUAUCCCAGGCUUUAUUGCAUUCGGCGGGCUUAUUGUAGUCGGUAAUGAGAAAUAGUGACGUGUCAUUCUCAUGUUUCGUAAUCAGUGUCAGACCAUCCUAUGGCUUAACUGAUGUUUUUUUCACCCAUCUAAUUG